AUGAUAUCCCUUGUCAACUUGUUUAUACCAUUUAGAUAGGCUCAUAGACUUUCAAGAAUGAAUGUUUACAACUAAAGAAGAGUUCUGUACUAGUUUUGUAGUGAGAACAAAAAAACAGAAGAAAUUGAGAAAUAACCCUCAUUAGUUAUAGAUAUUUUACACACCGUCAAAGAUUCAGCCAUUGGAUCAGCUACGAAAUUAACAGAGAAGGUGAAAGGAUCAGCCGUUAAAUUUAAAACAGAUGCGAAUCAAAAUUAGGAGACAAGUAUUGGAAAAACAUGUUUAAACAUGGCCAAAUUAGCAUGGAGAAAAACAUUUCCAAGUCAUGAUGACGAAGUAAAGGCUAGGAUGGAAACAGUCAAAGCAAAGUUAGCAGAGAGAAAGAAAGAAGAGGAGAAAUUUGCUUAGAUGACUGAAGAAGAAUUGGCAGCAAUUUAAGAGAAAAUUCCAGAAUGGAAGAGAAAUGCCAUCCAAGCUACUGAUCAAGCAACAAGUGAAGAAGCAUCUCUCAAAUCCAAAAUUGCUUAGAAGAUUUAAAGUAGACUCAAGCAGAGUGAAUAAGGUCAACAUAUAGUCAAUAGUGAAGCCUAUAAGGAGUAUGUGACAUUCAAAGCAGAAAUGAAAUAAUUCAAGGCUGACUUAUCUGAUAAAAUCUAAAAUCACCCCAGCAAUUUUGUUUAAGUGUCUUUGUAUGCAGCAAAAACUGUCACAAAUGAAAGCGAUGUUGCCAGAGCCAUCAAACAAAUGAGAAUGAUCGACCCAGACUUUGACUUAUAUGAACUAGAAAAGGAAGCAAAAGUGAUCUUCGAAUAAAUCUACAACCUUUAUCUGUUAGGAGAUUUGGAAUCCCUUUAAAAGGUGUGUGGUGAAGCCGCCCUGGGAUACUUCAAAGUAUUAUUGAAGAAGCAAGAAGCUGAAAAAUCUGAACCUAAACAUAAGCAAUUGUGGAAUGUCGAUGAAAUUAGAUUCACAAGAGCUAGCAUACCCGAUUCUGUGAAAUUACCUGUUUUUAUUUUUACAAUAAAGACUUAAGAAAUCUUUUGUUAUGUUAGCAAGAGUGACAGAUCGAAAAUCAUUGAUGGAGAUGAUGAGAGAAUCAUGUCAAUGGAUUACUAAUUUGCUUUGACUCCACAUUCAAAUCCUUCUUCUGACGAGUUUGGUCACAUUUGGGAAAUGAUCGAAUUGUAACCAUAAUAAGUUGUUAAAAUGCUUGUUUGAAUCUAUGUUAUAUAUAUGUUUUAAUAAACAUACCAAUCAUGCAGAUA